AUGCACGAGAAAUCUUUCCGUGGGUUCAAAGCUAACAGACCUCUGUUCAAAGUCCAGAUUAAACGGAAACCUGGUCAGUGUAGACCAGCAAAAGCUCGGUGUAUGGAAGGGAGUUGUUCUCAUACAUCUGGCUAUACAAAGGAGAAAAGCACCAAGACCUUCAUGGCAAAAUUGGGACCAAUUAAGAUUCCUUCUCCUCCUAAUACCUUGCUCCGGAAGAUUGAGGAAGAGAAGCUGAAGUUGCAGUCCGAGAGCUCCGCGGAGAAGGGAUCAUUAUGGGACUCUCCAAUUUCCUGGGACAGCGAGGAAAUACUAUUUUCCAUAGCGAACGAUGUAUUAGAUAACAUAUAUAAAAAGCCCGCUAGGAAAGGUGCCUCCACAAAGCCGCUUAAUUCCUUUAUGGCAUUUAGGGCUUACAAUUCCCAAUUCGGCUAUGGUCUGAAACAGAAUAUUUUAUCCCCGCUGCUUGCAUCCGCGUGGCAUUCACAUCCUGAACAACAAGAAAUAUGGGACACUUUUGCGCAGCAGUUUAAUUUUGUCAAGCCGAAGUGUGGGUUUGUGGAGUGGGUGGAUCAAAGAUAUGAGCGGGAGAGUUAA